AUGCAGACGAAAGAAACCCAGUGGGUGCACACUAUGUCGCCCCGUAUUCACAUCAUAGGGCUCGGAAGUGUUGGUGUGAUAGUUGCCAAUGCUCUUGCUAGUCUUCGACAGCGACCCGACCUCACUCUGAUGUUCCACCGACGGCUUAGUUGUGAAGGUCAGCUCAGUCUGACAGUGAACGGGAUAUACAAUAAUGUCCGCAGUGGGUUUGAUGUGGAAGAGUUCCAUGAUGGUCACUGGAAAAGGCUCCCUGGACAAUCGGGAAGAAGGCGACCGUCGUCAUACGAUGACCCUCACGUAUCUCCAAUUGACACCCUCAUUGUUGCAGUCAAGGCAAACUACACCCGAUCUGUUUUGAACACCGUCAAGCAUCGGCUAUCCAGAAACAGCACGAUUUUGUUCUUGCAGAACGGUAUGGGCAUUCUAGAGGAGGUUGACGAAAGCGUCUUUCCCGAUCCAGAGCAACGGCCACAUUAUAUGAUUGGCAUCAACACAAAUGGAACUUCCCGUACGGGCCAGUUGUCUGCACAUCAUACGAGCUUGGGUGAAAUGCCCUUCGGCAUGGCUCCCAGGCUCUCUUCUCCCGAACUGAGCCAUGGCCAGUGGCACCAAGACCCGCGGCUCAUUCGUUCUGCCCGACCCAUGAUUGAUGCUCUGUCCAACAGCCCGAAUCUGAAUGUCCGGCUUGUGAGUGUUGAGGAUGUUCUCCAUCUGCAGUUGAAGAAAUUGGCGAUAAAUGCGGUCUUGAAUCCACUCACUGCUUUGUUGGAAUGCAAAAUCGGCAUGUUAUAUUCUUCACAACAGCCAUGGAUCCGAAGGCUGAUUGAGCUUAUGCUGGAGGAGAUAUCAGCGGUACUAAGGGCACUUCCGCUACCGUUCCAGACGAGCCUUGACUUGGAAGCCGAGUUUGCAGCGAAACAGUUAACCUCAAUGGUUGAAGCCUUUGCUCGACGCCUCCCGCAACACAGCUCAUCCAUGAUGCAGGAUGUAGGCAAGGGAUCUGAAACCGAGAUUGCAUACCUAAAUGGGUUUCUGAUCAGAUUGGGGAUGCAAAUGGGGAUAAAUUGUCCCGUCAACAAUUAUAUCAUGCAAGCAGUGCUGGAGAAACAAGAAUCGCAACGCUACGGUGGUGACAAACAACGAGCCAGCACCCAUCAGCAAAGGAAAGCUCAACCACUCUGA